GGUGGUGUUGUUGUGAUAGAUGGCACAGCUGACCAAUCAGAACGAGCCGUGGCUAUCCACCGUAAUGAAGUGGCCAAUCAGAAAGAGAAGCCAGCUGUCAAUCAGCCGUGGUUUCUAUGUGAGUGGGCGGGGCGUUGACUCCGCUGUAGUUCCGUCAUCUCGCUCGUCUCCGAGGCUACGGGGGGGCCGAUGUUGAUUUGGGUGCAAACCCGUCGCUGUCGGACCCCGCCGAGGUUAAAUCUGUUUUUACGAGUCGGGCUCGUUGACGGAAAGUGAGUCGCUUUUGUUUGAGGAAACUGCACCUCGCCUCCGGUCGUGUUGGUUUCUCGGGCUGCAGAGAGAGGUGGGGAGCCGGGGAGGGGGGCUCGCUCGUUCGGCGGGGGCUGCAAGCGGGGAAAGGAGGGUCAGGCGGAGACCAGCUCCUCCGCGUUCAGGCCAGCUGCACCGAGCUCGGCCUGGCGGUCCGUCCGAACCUGGUCUGUUGGAUUUAAAGCCGUGCGGCGGUGGUCGGCGGAGGGAGCGAGCCCGCCUCAUCUAACCCCGCAUUUGCAGCUGCCGGGAGACGAGCGGGAGAGCUCGGGAGGUGAACGCUCCGCACCGCCGGAUUCAGGAAACACCGUUCCACGGCCAGAUCUAAUCGAGAUUAAACCGGCUUGAGGAGGCUGCAGGGCGGCCAAAAGCCACGGAUUGCCCGUUGACAGGCUGUCAUCAUGGGCAACGCGCCCACGGCAAGGAAAGGCAGCGAGAUGGAAAGCGUCAAGGAAUUCCUUGCUAAAGCCAAAGAGGACUUCCUCAAGAAGUGGGAGAAUCCUGCACAGAACACUGCUAGCCUGGAGCAGUUUGAGAGGUUGAAAACCCUGGGUACGGGCUCGUUUGGACGAGUCAUGCUGGUGAAGCAYAGAGAAACAGGACAGCAUUACGCCAUGAAGAUCCUCAACAAGCAAAAGGUGGUGAAGCUCAAGCAGAUAGAGCACACUCUAAAUGAGAAGAGGAUUCUUCAGGCCGUCAGCUUUCCUUUUCUUGUGCGGUUAGAGUAUUCCUUCAAGGACAACACUAACCUCUACAUGGUGAUGGAAUAUGUACCAGGUGGAGAGAUGUUCUCCCAUCUACGAAGAAUUGGCAGAUUUAGUGAGCCUCACGCUCGGUUCUAUGCUGCUCAGAUCGUUCUGACCUUUGAGUACCUGCACGCUUUGGACCUGAUCUACAGAGACUUAAAACCUGAAAAUCUGCUCAUAGACCAGCAGGGUUACAUCCAGGUUACAGAUUUUGGCUUUGCUAAACGUGUAAAGGGCCGGACCUGGACACUGUGUGGCACCCCAGAAUAUCUGGCUCCAGAGAUUAUUCUCAGCAAGGUUCGUUUCCCGUCUCACUUCAGCUCAGAUCUGAAGGACCUACUGAGGAACCUUUUACAGGUGGAUCUCACAAAACGUUACGGGAAUCUCAAAAACGGAGUAAAUGACAUCAAAGGACACAAGUGGUUUGCAACAACUGACUGGAUUGCAAUUUACCAGAAAAAGGUUGAAGCUCCGUUUGUCCCAAAGUUCAAAGGACCUGGCGACACCAGCAACUUCGACGACUAUGAAGAGGAGGAGAUCCGCGUCUCCUUCACUGAGAAAUGUGCCAAGGAGUUUGCUGAGUUCUAAAAUUUAGAGAAAAUGAGAAAAAAAUGGAAGUAAGGUCGAGUUAAAGUUAGGCUGGUCAAGAGGGGACACUAAAAAAAGUCUAUUGUCUCCUGUCUAAAUACAAGCACCAGCUACAAAAAUGGGGGAAAUGAAAGAGAUCGGAGACCGAUAACCAGCAGUGUUGCCUUUUUUGUUGUAUUUUAUUUAUUAUUCUCUUAUUUAUGAAUCCCUUUAUAAUGAGGCUGUGUUUCAUGGGUGUCAGGAACCCCCAYGUACUUCAAUUUGCCUCUACACAUUUUCACCCAAGAUCUUCCCUUUUUUCUGUACAAUUCAUCUUUUACUCUUUUUUUUUUGGGGCCACAACAUUAUAGUCGUUACAUGAACCUGAGUCCACGCUCACAGAUGACUCAUUUAAACCGGCAACACAAUCUUUGCUUGGUGAACAAAACACACACUCAUAAGGUAAAUAUGUUGUGCAUAUUUUAUCUUAAUGUGUUUCUCCCUUAUCAAUGAUAAGACAUUUUAAGGCAUGAGGGGCCAAAAGACAGAUGACAAAAAAAUAAAUAAAUAAAGCUGUUUAUUAUGUAAUUCCAUCUAUUGUUAUAUCAUUGUUGUUGUAUUCAGACUGUACAUAUCUGCAGCACUUCAUUUUUAAAUGUUAAUAGACACUAGUGGCUCCACUGAAACCAUGUAUGCUAACAAAUAAGGAAAUACGAAUAAAGGAAUUUUUGCUUUACUGGUUUGGCAAAAACACCUCAACAUAAUGGAAACUCAGGUUUGAACAUAUCAUUUAAAAGACAUUUAUCUACAUGAAGCUUAAGAAUCAGCUGGUAAAACUUCUUUUACAGACACGAUUUGGGAAUUUAAAGUUUGGCUUCAAAAUUACAAAGGAACAAAAAGGGACUAUUUAGACUUUUAGUUGGUGUCUUCCACAGUUCUCCCUUCCAGAUGAUUUGAGUUUUGCUAACUUGGCAAGUUUUGAUAAUAAUGAUAAAAAAGCACUUCCUGUUUCAGCUCAGAGUUCACGUUCUGCUUGUAAUGAAUCAACCACUCUGACUUAAAUAGACCGUCUGAGGCAGACCACCUCAAACGUCUUCUGACUGAUGGUCCUCAGUAUUUUGUCCCAUACAAACGGCAGUCUGAAUAAUAUACUUUAUCUUCAUCUCGCCCACCACUCUCCAUGUAACCAUCUAUAACAUGUACCUGAAACUCUAUUUCUGGGUUCAAUUUUUGCUAACUUUCUGGUUGUGUGUGUGUACGGUGGUGAUAAUUAAAAAAAGUGAUGAUUUAAAGAG